GCUUGCUUCUCCAUCAAUUCAACACAGUUGACCUCCAUAUUUUGCCAAUGGAAUUUGGGAUGAUUGCUGGUUUGUUAGUAAUCUUGAAAUUUGAUUUUUCGUUUGAACCAAUGGAUCCAUACCAUUUUGAGAUUUCAUUUUAGAAGAUCGAUCUUAUUAAGAGAAAUAAUCAAAGUUCUUAUUCGUAUAUUUACUGAUUUAUAACAAAAUUUUGAGGUUGACAAACACUAAUUAACAAAUCCGUGAUGUCUUAUUAAAACCUGCCUUGCCACGACAAAAAUAGUACCAUAUUUCUAUCUUCCGGCUAAUUCCUACAUUGACCUGGCUCUGUGCGAGGGAAUCCAUUAGUUCCUGGAUACCCUUCUUAAACCAAUCUUCUCAAUUUUGUUUUCUGUUGCAAAUUUGAGUCUUAGAGGGUUAGAUGAAUAUCAUUUAAAUCUUGUCCUCAAUGUAACGGAUGAAUGAUGCUGCCCAGUUUUAGCAAUUCCGAUCAUCACUUGCCGAAGAAAUCCAAUACACAGGACCUCAGAAACAGUACCUUCUCCUUAAUCAAAUCUCUCUUUUCUCUGAAAAACUGCGCAUGGAUUGUGUUAACAAUACUCAUACAGUUGCUGAUUGUAGUAUUCUUGAACCGGGCUUCGCUAUGGCCAUCGACUCUACCAGCAAUCCAGGACAACUUUCAGGCUCCUUCACACGAAAAAGAUUGUGAAUUCGGAACAGUAUAUGUUUAUGAUCUUCCGCCGGUUUUAAACAAAGAGCUUAUUGAAAAUUGCCAGGACUUGGACCCUUGGCCAUGGAGUUCCAAGUACUGCAGUGCCGUGUCAAACGGAGGUUUUGGCCCCAGUGCCACUGGCCUAGAUGGCAUAGUUCCUGAAAAUCUUAUUCCAGCAUGGUACUGGACCGAGAUGUAUGCGGCUGAAGUCAUUUACCACGAGAGGAUUUUGAGUUACAAGUGUAGAACAAGAAAUCUAGAUGAGGCAACAGCCUUUUACAUUCCUUUUUAUGUGGGACUUGCAGUUGGGAAGUAUUUGUGGUUCAAUCACACUGCAAAAGAUCGUGAUCGACAUAGCUUGAUCAUGCUGAAUUGGGUUAAGGAUCAACCAUCCUGGAAGAGAACCAAUGGCUCUGAUCAUUUCAUCAUGCUAGGCAGAUUAACUUGGGAUUUUCGAAGAUUGCACGACAGUGACACUGAAUGGGGAACAAGCUUCAUUUACAUGCCCUUGAUGAAAAAUGUUUUGCAUUUAACUGUUGAGAGAAGUCAGUGGGAUGAACUAGAAUUCAGUGUACCUUAUCCUACAGCAUUCCAUCCUCGAUCCCAAUCUGAUAUCCAGCAAUGGCAGAGCUUUAUCCGGGCCAGAAAACGCUCAAGCCUUUUCUGUUUUGUUGGUGCGACGCGUAAAAGUUUCAAGAAUGAUUUUCGAGGGCUGUUAAUGAAUUAUUGCAAGAAUGAAUCAGACUUCUGCAGGCUUGUGGAUUGUUCAGUAACACACUGUUAUGAUGGUGCACCAGUAAUUCUCAAAACAUUUCUUGAUUCGGGUUUUUGUUUGCAGCCAAAAGGGGAUGGUUUCACAAGAAGGUCUACAUUUGAUUGCAUGCUGUCUGGUGCAAUUCCAGUAUACUUUUGGGAGGGAAGUUUUAAAGAUCAGUACCAAUGGCACUUACCAGGAGCAGCAGAGGCUUAUUCUGUGUUUAUUGAUAAUAAUGGAGUGAGAAAUGGUACUGAUAUUAGAAGUGUGUUGGAGAGGUACAGUAGAGAGGAGGUGAAUAAAAUGAGAGAGACAAUUAUCGAUUUCAUGCCCAAGUUUUUGUAUUCAAGUUCAAAUGCGGAUUUGGGGAGUGUUAAAGACGCGUUUGAUAUAGCCAUGGACGGAGUUUUGAGAAGGUUUAUGGAGCAAAAGCGAUCGGCAUCUGAUAAAGAAAUCAAAAUAGAAAAGGAUUUUCCUAGUGUGACAUUGAGGAGUAAAUGGUUCGAAGAGGUUGCAUUUUACCAGCACUUAAUUCUGUUAUGGUUUCUUGCCACCACAUAUAUUACACAAUACACAUCCAGCCCACAGUCAGCCCAUUCAAACAGCCCAGAAUACAACUCCAGUCCAUAUUACAAGCUGCUCCGAUACAUCACUCAAGGAUGAAAAAGGAUAGUCUAUUUUUCAUAUAUUCUGGAUAUUAUUCUUUAGUCAUUGUAAAUAUUUUCCUUCCAUAAAUUGUGAAUAGAUUUUAGGAAAUAUUUACGGUUAGUUUGUUGUGGGAUUGUGUAUAUAAAGGUAUGAGCACUGUACAGAAUUUUUCAAUGGAAUAUACUUGAAAAUUCGCAGCA